GUAAAAAUCAGUCAUGUGAGGUUAAGGCGAUUUCCUUAUCAUUUGACCGAUUGAUAUGAAAUGUAAACAGAAGCAAUUUAGUAGCGACUUUAUUCGUAGGACUGCAAUAUCGUAAAUACGUGAAUAAUAAUGCAAUUAUACACUAGACUAAAUUUUAAAUGAAACAACAUGUAUCCAAGCACCAUAAUUAAGCUAUUGUUGGUGAUUAAUAGUUUAAUAUUCAUAUUAUGUGGUAAUCAUGUCGUAUCAUAUGUGGGUUUAAGCAAUCAGCUGUGCAAACCAGCCGGGACUAUCUGGAGAGAAAUCGAUACCGAAUACCGAAGUUUGCUUCAUCACAAUAAUUUAUACGUCGUGGCUAUUUGCGAAGUUGGCUACACUCUUAACAGACCAGGUGCUAUCCGUUGUUUGAAUGGAUUGUGGAUUAAUCCGUUGCCCCGUUGUGAAAGAAUUACAUCUCGCCAAUGUAAUCCUCUGCCUAUUCAGAAUAAAGUAAUUGAGACAUGUCAGAAUGAACGUUAUUCAGUGGGCUCAGUAUGUCAUUACAGAUGUCCUAGGCAGUACUACUUGAAAGGUUCCAGAAUGCGCCUUUGCAGUCAGAAUUUACAAUGGACUGGUGUUCUGCCUCAGUGCAUUUUAGAAGAAAACCUUUAUGACAUCGAUGAGUGUCAAUUCACUCAUUUGAAUCAAUGUAGUCAAAAGUGUAUCAAUACCCCUGGAGGUUACUUGUGUUCAUGCGAAUCUGGUUAUAUACUCAAAAACAGUUAUGAAUGCGAAGAUAUAAACACUCCUGGUCCUGUGCUCUGUUCAUGUCCUCCGGGAUUUGAACUGAAGGAUAAUAAUAAGACAUGCGAUUAUGUCUUAAAAAUUUUCGCCCAUUUAGUGCUUGAUUCAAAUGCGAAAUCAUUCAUCGCAGAUUGCCGUUGUCUUCCGGGAUUUAUCGGAUUUCCAUCUCUAAACAUACCCUGCAGUGAUAUAAAUGAAUGCCUUAGAAAUAAUUUUGGUUGCUCACAUUUUUGCAUAAAUACAUUUGGUUCUGCUCUCUGCUACUGUCCUCCGGAUUUCAAACUGAAAGAUGACAAUAAGACAUGUGCUGGUGGUUUUACGAAUCGCAGGAGAUUAUAUGGUAGAAGAGAAGAGAAAUAUAUCUAAAACUCGAAGAAGAAACUUAAAAGAAGUUUAUUAAUAUAGUACUUGUAUUAAUCUAUUUAUUAAUUAAAUUCUAAUAAGUUUUGGAAAUUAUUUCGAAUUAUAAGAUAUUUUUAAUUACUUUAUUAGUUAUUAUAAAUAUUUUUAAAUUUUUAUUAAUUAUUGUAAAUAUUAUUUUUUUAUGAAUAAUCAUUUCUAUAAUUUAACAUAUUAAUUUUAUUAUAGUUAUAAUAAGAGUAUUAUAAUCACACUGAGAUGGAACAUAAUAAUGACUUAUAUUAAUUGUUACAAAUUAUAAAAUUUUUUUAAAAAUUUUAUUUAAUAUUAUUUGAGUAAUAUUGACUUUUAAUAAUUAUUUUGAAUUAUAAAGAAUUUGAAAUGAAUUUCAUAAAGAAUUAAUUUAAGAAUUUUAUUAUGUUAAAUAAUUUUAUUACUUGACGACUGUCUGACUGGUGACUUGAAGACUGUCCUCAAUUUUAGAAAUUUUGAACGUUUCCCUUCCUGCUUAAAAUGAUUUAAAAUGGAUGAUUUGAGCUUAAAUAUGUGAAAUAUUGAUUUAUUUUUAAUAUCAAAAUGUACUUAUAUGAUCAUUUUUGAUAUAAUAAUUUAAUGUUAUUUCCAUUCUAUAAAUUUGAUAUUAUAUUGUGCAAAGUUUUGUGUCGAUUGGAGAUGAAUAAAAUAGUUCUUAAGAGUC